UGUGUGUGUGUGUGUGUGUGACCUGUGGAUCAAUGCUGGUGUUUGAAGUGGCUGGUUAGCUGCAUUAUUGUGCUGCCAUCUUUCAGCUUGCUGACUACAGCAGCAGUGUGGUUAAUUCCUCCCUGUUUCUUGUCUCAGAUCUGUCGUACAGAAAAAUGAAAACGCUGAUAUCACUGACCAACUAUUCAACACAUUCUGGAUGUACGUUUGAACAAAUACUGAGAGUCCAUGUGUUUAUGAUCAUAUGAAAACCCUUUGGCAGGCCUUAUCCUAAAUAUUUCUUCAUUCGUGUCAGAUUGUUUUGUGUGUAUGGAACGAGAAAGCUGGAAAAUGUUCACAGGCUUUUUCUUAUGUGAUACUUGUGACCUUUUACACAAAGACUGUUUUGCAACUGAAAGAUCUGACACAAGCGUGUAAGUGGUCUGACGCGCACACACAGCCAUAGUUCACACACUCAUAACUGCCUUGAAGUUGCUUUGUAGUGAACUUAACUUGAUGAUUAAGUCAUGCAGUUCAUUUUAUAUUUCUUUUGACAACUACAACCUACUGUAACCAUUAUCGUAUUCUUACAUAAAUAACAGAUUUGUUUUCAUACAGUGCUGACAACAUAUUGCAGGAUUAUUUUGUGGUGUGUUCAAUAGCUUGUGUGUCAGUCCUAGCACAUGAACAGAUGUGUGUGUGUGUGUGUGUGUGUGUGCACGCGCGGUCUGGAGCACAGCGAUGAGGACAGACAGGUGAGUGAACGGCAUCACUGGCUAAUUAAGAUUAUGUCGGGUCUGAUCAGGGUCGGCGCGGUGAUUGCUGGGACGCGCCGUAGUGCCAGCCGGUCUCCCUUGGAUACGGUUGUCACUUCCAUUACCAUGGCAAUGUCUGAUAACCAGUAACCACCGGAAACAAUUUUCUUCUUUUUUUUUUUUUUUUUUUUGUACCUCUCUGUCGAUAUCCCAGACAUGGACAAAAGAGGAGAGGGAAGGGACAGCGCUGUGUUCUGUCUCGGAUAUGUGUCAGUGAGCUUCAGUCUCGAGGGCGAACUAAUGGGGGAGGUCAGAGCCGGCUCCAGUCCGGUGGGACAGUGGUGGUUCUGUGACUCCAAUGUGCCAUUAUUCGUUUGAAGCAAAGUAUGCGAAGAUGAGAGAAAUACCGACAGAUAGGGUUGCCAGGAUGGCUGAAUAAGGACGAGAGGCUUUUAAGUCUCAUUUGGUGCACGUAAUGUGGGGAAAACAUCCAGCAGUUCUAAACUUGUUAAACUUUACAACAGUUUGAACCUCCGCACAGCUUCUAAUUAACAUUUAAAGCGGUUUUGCUGUUCCAAGCUCAUAGUGUUUCUACAUGCAAGAAGAAAUCCAUUCAAAUCUAUUCUAACAAGUGAAACACAAAAUGCAGCAUGUCAUCUUUAUAUAAAAGCUUUUUGGAAAGUGUGCAGUUUAAUCAUUUUAAUGUGUUAAAGAUUAUGCAAUGUCACUGGUGUCAGACUAGCUGUAUGUUGUUUUCUAUAGUGAAAGAAACUCAUUGUAGCAUCUUAUUACCAUUAAACGAGGGCAACAUUUGUAUAUGCAAAUUAAGUAAAAACAGUCAAGUCUUCAGUCGGCACAAAAUGAGUACAAUUUAUUUUUGUUCCUCAACCAAUAGGUUUGUUCAUGAUGAUACGUGUGAAAUAAUUUAGUCUCUUUUGGACACACAGUAAGGCUUGAGACUCAGAUAUUGCUUACCCAUGUCUGUAAUAUGUUGUCCCUUGGUGUUUAAUGCUUUGUCACGGGCUUCUUGGUUUAUCAUCGGAUGCUAUUACACAUACAAAUAGAAGAAGAAAAAAAAGCCCUGCAAGGCAGUACAGGGCAAAACGGUACAUCAGAGUGUGCAAUUUUAUUAACAAAGCUCUGGAAAGUCAUGAUCUUCACCUUUCAGUGUCUCGCUUCCUGCUCCAGUCUUAAUGUGUGCUGUCUUGUAUCUCUCCUAAUUUCCAUCUGCUGUCUGUUUUGGCCUCAUUUUUUCAUCCUCCUUUCUCUCUACCCUUCAUUUUACUUGGCUACUUGAUCUAUUGUCAUAUAUUUUGUCCCUAUAAUUGAGUACAACAAUGUGACCAUGUCCUUUGUCAGAUGUGACAGCUCAGUGUUUUUUGUCCUUUCUGAUAAUCCUCUCUCAUUAUCUUUGGUUUGAACACUCUUUCUCUUCUGUCGUCCUAGUUUCCUUGUGACUUCCUCUCCUUGUUUACCCUCUUCCUCCUCACGAACACCCUGCCGCUCCUUAACAUAAACAGUAGGAGGCUGCCGUUGGCUCUCAAACUGCUCCGCUCCCUAUAGCUAUCCAGUCGACUGUGGGCCCUGACCUGGAGCACUUGGAUGCUAACUCUUGUUAAAAUAAAUGAGAGGAACUUGCCACAGACUCCCUGGGAACUUAAAAAAAAAAAAACAUGUUAUUUAUCCUUUUAAAUUUGGGUUGCCCUUUUUUGCCAUGGUUUUGUUUCCCCACUCUGCUCUUUGGAAAGCCUCCAAAGUGCUGAAGAUUGCGUCUUACCUCAUUUCACCCACCGCCUGCAGUCACACGGUGGCAAGAUUGAGGAAAAGGAGGCAAAAUGGAACAGUUUUAAUUAUCCCCACACUCUAAUUACUUCAUUCUCCACAGUGUUUCACAUCAUUUAGUGGAGAUAAAUGAGUGUCUGGCUAGCCGGAGGAAAAAGGGAGGUUCAUUAUUUUAGACAAAGCACAGAGCCACCUCCUCGAUAUGAAAAACCAAACUGGAGAAUAAGACGGUGAUUGCCUGCGAUAAUGGAGAUGACUGUGAUUAUAGUGUUCUCCAAGGUGUAGUCAUCGUCACUGACGAGUGCUGGUUAUAAUUUACAAACCUCUAUCAGUUUGGCUUUGGGGUAUUUGAAAUAUGAAAUGCAUUAUUCAUUGUGUGAAGGGUGGAGGGGACCGUUUCCAUCAAGAUUUGUUUUGAUUAACUCCUGAUGGUAUAAUUCAGGUUAAUUAGCUCCUUGCAGGCAGUGCAUUUGUUUAAUGUAGUUACUGACUGCUAAGAAUGCAUACAUUUUGUGUAUCUUUAGCCUUAAAAUCUUUUAUUCUUUCUUUCUUUUUUAUAAAUUGUCCCUCAACCUGCUUCUUCUUACUGCCCUCUAGUUGGGCCUUACAGCUUUGUCCCAGUUGUUACUGUCUUCUCAAAGUCUUCCACUAGAGGGAGCACUGUGCCGACUCAUGAAGACUGCAAGACAACAAUUAUGUUUAAGCAUGCAACCAACAACGGAUCUGGUUCAAAAUGAAUCAAGUACGAUUAACAAUAUUGGUUGGAAUAUUUCAGUAUUCAGCCAUCAAUAGGUGUGUGUGUGUGUGUGUGUGUGUGUGUGUGUGUGUGUAUAUAGUGUGAUAAUGUGAUCUCCAAUUUAGGUUAAUUUAAAUGUGCAAAACUGCAUUUUCUUAUGUUCUGUUAUUAAUGCCCGAUGGUGACUACUGUUUUAAAGAAAGAAAAUGCCUCGCACUUGACACUUUCCUCUCCCUUAUAACUUCCCAGAGUUGUCUAGCAGGAAGCUUGCAGUCUAAUGAAUGUAUGUUCAAGCAUACUGUAGAUUGGUGAAGACUCGUGUCAUAACAUCCUUUAGCUUCAGAUUAAAUGAUUAAAGUCCCCCUCUCUCUGUGUCAUGGAGUAUAUCCCAUCAUUCCUCAUAGGGAUUUAUGGAUUUGCAUGUUUCCCUGAUUUCAAAUGAAACUGAACUUCAAGACUCUCCUCCCUCCCCUCCCCUCUUUCUGUGUUCACUGAUAUUCACAAGUACAUGCCAUCCAAAUGUGUGUGUAUAUAUACGUAUACAUGUGUAUAAUACAUAUCAAGAUUUAAUACACCAAGUGUAUGUACGUGUGCGUCAUGUGUUUCUGUACGGCAGGUUAUGUGGAUAUGGGUAAUCUGUUUAUCCUGGCUCUCACUGUGCGUGGUUCCAGCUGACGGCUGUGAGAGCAGGUUUGUGCUCGCCUCCACGCUCCUCCCUCAUGCUGUACUCCUGUCUCAAUGUGAUCGAGGGCGAGUCUGGGAUGUAGUACAUUUUGUGAAAGGGUAAAAAUUCCUCUCUGUUGGAAAUGAUUAGGAAAUGCGUGUGUUGGACUGACGAUGGAAAAGAGCACAGAGCAGGUCACGGCUUUCUGCCGCAGUCUCCAUGACAUGAAUCCCCUGGAGUGCCCCAUGUCGUCGUCCUCAUCGUCGUCCUCGUCAUCCCUCUCCCCGAGCCCUGUGUCAGCUCUACCGCCCACAGCAGGCAUUGCCACCCAGAGACAGCUCUCCCACGCAGACAAACUCCGCAAGGUCAUCAAUGAACUCGUGGAGACAGAGAGGACUUACGUCAAAGACCUGAGAUGCCUCAUAGAGUGCUACUUGACACCUUUGCAGAAGGAGAGCUUCCUUACACAGGAUGAGCUGGACGUUUUGUUCGGUAACCUCGGGGAGAUGGUGGAGUUCCAGGUGGAGUUUCUCCGGACACUGGAAGAUGGGAUCAGACUGGUGCCAAAUCUGGACAGACUGGAAAGGGUGGAACAGUUUAAGAAAGUGCUGUUCUCCUUGGGGGGUUCAUUCCUGUAUUAUGCCGAUCGCUUCAAGAUCUACAGCGCCUUCUGCGCCAGCCACACCAAGGUCCCCAAGGUCCUGGCUAAAGCGAAAACCGACCCAGAUUUCAAGGCUUUCUUGGCUGAGAGAAACCCCAGACAGCAACAUUCAUCCACUCUGGAGUCUUACUUGAUCAAACCCAUCCAGAGGGUCCUGAAGUACCCGCUGCUGCUAAGGGAGCUCUACUCUCUCACUGACCCUGACAGUGAGGAACACUACCACCUGGACGUUGCAAUGAAGGCCAUGAAUAAAGUUGCGAGCCACAUCAACGAGAUGCAAAAGCUUCACGAGGAGUACGGAGCUGUUUUCGACCAGCUCAUCAAUGACCAGACUGCGGAUAAGAAAGAGGUGGCUGACCUCUCGAUGGGGGAUCUUUUGCUACAUUCUACUGUGGUGUGGAUCAACCCUCCAGCCUUUUUGGUCAAGAGCAAAAAGGACCCUGAUAUGGCUGCUUUUGUUUUCAAAACAGCAGUUGUAUUUGUGUACAAAGACAGCUCCAAGCACAGGAAAAAGAUCGUUGGAUCUCACCGUGCGUCUGUGAUUGAUGACAAAGAUCCUUUCCGUUUCCGUCACAUGAUCGCAACAGACUCGCUCCAAAUCCGUGCCCUUGCAAACUCUGAGGGUACAGUGGCGUGUGAGAUAGUUCACACCAGAUCUGAAUCUGAAGGAAGACCAGAGAGAACCUUCCAGUUGUGCUGCAGUUCUCCAGAUAGUAAGAAGGACUUCCUGAAAGCAGUACACUCCAUCCUUAGGGACAAGCAGCGCCGGCAGUUUCUUAAUACAGAGACUCUGCCACCCAACCAGCAGUACGUUCCAUUUGGGGGCAAACGUCUGUGUGCCCUAAAAGGAAUGCGGUCCGCCAUGAACCGAGCAGCAUCACCUCCAUCACGAACGCUGUCCCGCAGGAAACUAGUGAGGAACCGCUUCACCAUCGACACCGACCUGGUUUUCCAUGGCAACAAAGACGGCAACGAUUCGGACACGUCCCACCAGUCUUCUUACCCGCCUCUGUCCCAGCAUGCUCUUCCUCAAUCCAACAAACCUCAAGGAGAGGACACGGACCGUUGGGUGGAGGAGCAGUUUGACCUGGCUUGCUAUGACGAACGGGGUGUGGGCAUCGACGUGGGGCAGAUGAAGGAGACGGACAUUUUGAGCGACGACGAUGAGUACUGCGAGUCUGUCCGAGCCGCUUCGGCAGAGCCGACCGACCUGGAGGGGAGGAUGGAGGGACUCGACCUUCGGGUCGCAGAGGUGAGGAGCCGCAACCUGAACGGACGAGUGGAGUCUGAAAGUGAGAUAAUGCUGAGUGUCAUGCAGGAGGAGGAAGUUGAUCGAAUAAAACAUGGUGAUGAUUCAGGCUUGUUGGACUCCUUCACCUCUUGUGGUGUCUCUCUGUCUCGCUGUGCAACCCCGAAUCUAAAGCUUGCCCCCUUGAAGCAGUGUGCUGUGGGGGGGGCCACAAAUAAAGACCACGAUGUCAUCUGGGUGCGGCGGGACGACUUUGCCAACGGGUGCAACAGUGACGUCUUCUGAUUGGGAAUUGUAGAAAGCGAGAUGAAGAAAAAGAGACAAAGGGUGGCUUCUUCCACUUUUUACAUAAAGUAGGAGGGCAAGAAAAUGGGGGAGAGAUUAGUUACAAGCUUUAAAUAUGUAGAAUUUGGAGGUAUUUGUGUACAGAAGGUAUUAAACCUCAGCCAGUUUUCCCUGUAUCACUACACAACCCUCCUCUUCCCACCUAACCUGCAUCUGCGUUGUACUGACAAUCCUAAAGUACUGAAACACAGCGAGUAUAAGGAAAAGUAAAAUGUACUCAUCCCAAACUACUUAAAAGUGAAGCCAAAACAAUACAUGGUCCUUACUGUUUUAGACGUACACCCAGGUAAUACACACACCUGUGGAAUUGUAUGUGAACAUAUGAACACAACAGCACUGCAUGUGCACGCAAGUACACAAGUAAGUGUGUGUAUGUACACUGUAAGUAUACAUACAUAAACUACACAGACUCUAUAGGCAGCUACUGUACUGUGCACCCAUUGUACUGAAGAGGCAUCACUGAUCUGUGGUCUUGUGGCUAAAAUGUCUAUUUUUCAACACAGGAAUGUGGGUGUUAUAUUUUUCUGACUCAGAAACUGUGUUUGUAUUUUGAAGGGCUGUGUGUUACUGAACUUCUCUUCAGGGGCUUUUGGCUUAAUGACUGCUGUGUAAGAAGAUGGCGAGAAGAUAUAACUAGCUUUAUUGUGCUUUUUAUUGUUUUAACUUAAUAUCAGCUGCACAUUGGUGUAUAGUCAGGAGUACAAAGGAGUGCCGUUAACCUCUUCUAUGAAAUAUUUUGAUGCUCACUUUUGUCUCCUAGGAUAUUCUUGUACAAGGUAGUAUACAAAUGUAUUUAAUUAUUGCCUUUUUACUGUAUUUUUUAAUGUUUACACCACACUCGGCUGCCCAGUGUUCCAAACCACCUUUUGUGUGUUUGGUGCCAGAAACAGGCUUGAGAGAGCCAACGCUUGUGCCCUUCACAUGACUAUCCAGUCUCUAAUAUAGUUCCUCCAAUAACACUCCGUUGUUAUUUUGGUAACUAAUGGAUUUGAUCAAUGUCCUUAAUAUACUGCAUCCAUUCUUGCCCGAGAGGCCAUGAUCUCAUCAUGCCCCGUAUUCUUGAAUAUGCCAUACCUUGAAUCCUUAAAAUAGCAUAAUUCCUCCAACAAUCCUGUUUUACUUGACUUUUUUUCUUUGUUUUGAAAGGAGGUAUUCAAUAGAACCAUGUUAGUGACUGCACUGCAACUCCAUAGAGAAGUUCAAUCAUGCAGUUGACCUGUCAUCCUCUGACCGAUUCAGACGACAUCAUCUUCUCUCUCUCUCCAGCUCCUUUUGACCUUUUGUCAUGUCAAGAAGCAUCACAACCACGGACAAGCUGGCUGAGACUUUACAUCCAUGACAUUUGACGCCAAUCCUUACUAUAUUUCCACUUUCCCCCUUCUGCAUUUCUUCCCUGUUUCCAACAGGCUGUGCUGUUUCACUAUGUCGUCACAACAACACCCUGAUCGCAGAGCUCGACACCAUCAUGCACACCUUAAUGGAUGUAUUGAACAUGCACUUAAUACCCAAAUGUGAGGGGGGGGGGGAGAGAAUCUGAUAGCUACUCUGAUUCAGAGUGUGAGGUGAUUGGAGGGAAAUAAUACACUUUGGAUGUUCUUAUUAUUGUCUUUUUAUUAUGAUGCUGGUUUCUUAGAAUUUAGCUUUCUGGGUGAUGAUGCCCAUUAUGGACGCUCAGACUGUGAGACACAAUCACCUGGCCUUGGAGGCAAAUCCUGUGAGAACCCCUUUGACUCCUCCCUUUGUACUUUUAAAACUGUGUUCGUACAUAAAACUGUGGAGUAUUAUCAUUUUUGUUUAAAAUAAAUUUUCUAAAUUUA